AGAGAGAGGAGGUGAUAAGAAGCUUGUGGAGUAAAGGUGGGGUUUUAAAUACAUAAAGGUACUCGCAGAUUCACUCAGUCUCAUCACAGCUCAGCAGUAAAGAGAAAGAUGAAGGUCCUUGUGUUUGCUGUUGUUAUCGGGGUGCUUGUGUCAGGCAGCAGGGCCCUGGACUGCUAUCAUUGUGUCCCGGCUAAAGCAGGCGGACCUUGUGAGGUCACCCAGGUCACCUGCCCACCGGGGAAAGACGCAUGUUCGGCUGCUAGGUUCCUCAGAAAACCAUAUGGACAUUUCCAGAAGUGCAUGCCCUUUGCAGACUGUGAGAUGGUUAAGCUGAACGCCUACAUCAACAUUAAGUGCUGCCAGAAAGACUUCUGUAACACGUUUGACUAAAACGCAAUUGAUCAGGCAGAUUUAUAAAUUAUAUAAAAUGUCUUAUUAAUGGCAUAAAUUAUACCGAUUUGUGGAUCUUGGUUGGGCAUUCAUUUUUCAAGCUUAAAGUCCCAGUGAAAUAAAAAAUUGACAAUUCUUA